AUGUAAUUUUUAAUUGCAAUCCCAUUUAUUUUGACAGUCUAUACUUAGUCUCUCUAUUUAGAACCUUUACAAUAUUAUUCUGAAUCUUUCUUACCAGGUAAUUUCUUACAUAACUUUUAGGAACAAAAAUCACCAUAAAAGGAGAUGCUACUUAGUUUUGUUAUGUAUAAUAAGGAAAAAUCGUUUAAAAUAUUUUGAACAAAUCAGAAUUUCAAGUUGAUGCAAUUGCUUUCACAAAAGGAGAAAAUGAGACUAUUUUAAUUCUUAAUUCUUAAGGAUAAUUAUUGAAUAAUUCAUAGAAUAUCAUUUCUACAAUACCUAAAUUUUAAUCUAAAAAAUGUAAAAUCUUAUGGAACAAAAAUAGUAUUGCUAUUUACUGUUUUGAUACUCAACAUUUAUAUAUUAUUUAAGAUUAACGUAAUAAUUUAUUAAUUUUUUAGAGACUAUUUCUGAACAUUAACUUGAAAAUUUAAAAGAUGCUUAAAUUAUUUAGCAAAAGUAUAUAGUACUAAAAGGAUAAGAGUUAUUUUUUAAUUACAAUGUUGGAAUAGAUUCUAUAUCAAUUAAAUCAGUAGAUGUCUUUAGAAUUAUAGACGAUAAAAUUCUUGUUUUUGUAGCAUAAUAAAAUCAAACAAGUGUGAUAUAUAUUUAUAAAUUUACUUUCGAUCAAUUUGUUUAUAAUAGGAGAGUAAUACUUAAAAAAUUGUACAAGAAUAUAACUUCUGUUUUAAUGACAGAAAAUGAAGAAAUAUAUAUAACAACACUUUAUCAAUUAAUAAAAUAUGAUGGUUCUGAAAAAGUUUAUGAAAUUAGAAAUGUUCAAAAUUUAUAUAAUUCUCAUAAUAUAGUAAUUGCAAUAAGCAAUUUAGGUGUAUUUGAAUAAGAUGAUGAUUAAAUAGAACUGUAAUUAAAAAAGAUAUUAAUGAAAUUAGUUAUAAUUUAAUGGCAAAUCCUAUGUAAAUCAUGGAUUUAAUAAUUGAUGAUAAGAAUAAUUACAUAUUGAGCCGCUAGUAUAUGUAUUAGGUUACUUUUUCAGGAUUUAAUUCAGAAUUAAUAUGUUAUCCUUAAGAGUAUCAUAAGUCAGGUGUAUAUAAAUUAGAAAUAAAAGGUUAUUUAAUAGUUUUUAAUGAUUAGAAAAUGAUAAAAAAUAUAAAUUGAUAGAAAUUGAAAUUUAAUAGCCAAUUAUAAAUUCUAGAAAUGAAAACUUGUUGUGGAUUGGAGCAGCAAUAUUUUUUGUUGGUAUUUUAACUUUAGGUAAUUUAAGUUUAUAUAGAGUAGCAUAUUGUAUUUAUGGAAGUUAUAGAUUUUAUAAAUUAAGAUAUUAGAGAUAUUUUAAUGAUUAAAAGAUUAUUUAUUAAAAAUAGUAUUGAUAUUAAUAAUAAUAAUGUAUUAGCUAACAAAAUAAUUGGUUGAUUUUCGUAGGAAUCAAUUUCUAAAUUAAGGACUUUAGACAGAGUUUACAAUUCAAUCUGAAAACACGUAUGGAUAUUAUUAAAAUGGAUAGAAACAAAUUAGUGAGUGUUGGGUCACAAUUAAAAAAUCUAAAUAAUAUUGAGAAGUAACGUUAUCUAAAGCCUGAAUCAUCAUACGAUGAGAGUUCAGGUGAAUCUAGUGUUAUGUGUGAAUAGAAUCGUUAAAAAAGAUUAAAUGUAGAUGAUGUUGUUUCUAUGGUGAUUGAUACAGAAUGUAAUCAAACCAUAAAGUUGGAAGCAAAACCAUUUUAGAAAAAGUAAUAUUAAAAAUAAUAAUUAGUAAUCGAGUAGAACAGGAGUGGGAAUCAUAAAAAUCAAUAAUAAUAAUGAAUAUUGAUGAAGAGGCCAUAGACAAUCUAGAUUUAAAUGAAUUUUUUGAUGAAUAGUAUACAAUUUUAUGAAUUG